GACACAGAACUUCUGUGUCAGUAAUGUCAGUGCAUUAAUAAAUAAAUGUUUGUUUUCUUCAAUGUUUUUGGGGUUCAGAAUUCACUUAAUAAAUCUCUUCAAAAAUUGUAGUUAAUUAAAAAUCAUAUAGAUAUGUUAUGAUUGAAAAAAGGAAACCUCCGGAAUAUACAGAGGUUAUGUUCGAACUCUGUAUUUCUUGAACAACUUAAAAAUAAUAUCAAACUAGAUUACGAUGAUCCCUCCUGUUGCUCCAGGGCAAGCAGAAGAGAAAAAAAAUAUGGUCGGCUGGAAAAAUACUUUCAACAUGCGACAAAUAAGUUUAAUGAACCUGGCAGCUAGUCAGUUAGGAGUCAAAAACGGCACAAAAUCUGUUAUUCCAUCUCACAGAAGAGCAUAUAGUGUUACAAGCCCUUCAAAAUCUUUGGAUAUUUUACGAAAAAACCUACAGAGUGCUAUUAAUAAAGAGAUUGAUAAUGUUCUGAAAAAGUAUAUUGAGAAAUUUUUUCAACCAGCCAUCAAUAAUAUUAAAAACAACUUGGGUAAGGACAGUGUUGGAGAGGAACAUAUCAAAGAAGUAUGUAAGCAGAUGUUGGAAGAUGCUAAGUUGAUGUAUAAAAUUUCACCAAGUUCUCGAGAUAGUUCACCAUAUGAGUGCAGCCAUAGUGAAGCAGAAUCAGAAACAAGUGUUACAGAUGGAAGAUUGGGAGGAGCAAGUCCUGUUACACAAUAUAAAAGAAAAGAAUGUGACGUGGAUGCAGAAUUGAUAUCAACCCAAUCUUUUGCUCCUACAGUAAAACGUCAUAGAAAUAAAUCUCACCAUUCAACAGAUUAUAGUAGCUGCAAACUGUCGCUAAAACGAGAUGGUCCCAAAUGGAAUCCAGAUCGAGUUAGAGGAAAUACACUCUUUAUUAUGGGAGCGAGAGCCAAUAAAGUUUUAGGUUAUGGCCAAACAAGGGGCAGGUUAUACGUGAGGCAUCCCAAUUUGGUGAGGUACUCCGGCGAUCAAGAAGACAAGGAAUGGUUAGCAUCAAAGAAUCUCAUGCCACCAAGUGGAGGUAAAGCAUACCUGAUGCUUCUUGAAGAUAUCAAGGAACUCACUGAAAGUGAAGAGUAUAAGCACAGUCCUAACUUACAGCAUCAUGAAUUGAAGGGAUUUGAGGUUCCCCUAUUUCUCCUUCAUAAAAUCAAGAACUUCAUAGAGUAUGUGAGGAAUGAAAGGAAGCUUUUAGCUCAUGUUGAUCUCUACGAGGACCAGAGUCAUUCUUCUACACCUCCUACUGUAGCCCUUGAUUCUGCACCUUCAACUCCUUCUGACAUUGGUCUUUCUAUGGACAACCAGACAGAUACCACUUUCAAACACGAUUUUCUCAAUAUGUCCUCAGAUAUGAGCAGCAAUUUGACAAGCUCUGUGAUUUCUAGCAUUUUAGCGAGUCAUCUUUCCAGUAUUAAUAGUUGUAAUAAUUCACAAGAAUUUUAGGUUAGUUCUUAGUGUUACUUUUACUGCUUUAAUUUAUUUUUCUGCCAAUUUUGAAAAUUUUCCAAAUACAGUGUUAUGAAUA